UCAAAGAGGGCAGACAGACAGAGAGACAGUGAGUCGGACGGUCCAUGUGACGGAGGAGAGUCAAUUUGGACAAACCACUGCACCACAGACUCCAAGCAAGAACUGUUGUCUUUUGAGGGGAACAAAACAGAGUGAAGAGAAGAGAGGCAGAAUCAUUGUGGAUCCUUUCCAGGGGGAACAUCCUGCACCACAACGUGUUUGUUUUCUCUUUCGUUCUUAUAUCCCGACUCCUCUCAGAUCUCGAUGCUUUGCUUUGGGAUUUGUGCUCCAAAUCAAUCACAUUCCUCUCUUGAUCUUUCUCUUUGUCAUCUGAAACAUUUUGAGCAACAUUUUUUUUCCAGAACUUUGCUACCCAAAAAACUGAGACAGACGUUUGCUCACUUCCACUUGGACUAAAAGUUGAAUCCAAGCCCUGUUCUGGAAUGAAUUUAGCCGAGUCCAGCUUGUCUAGAGAGACUCUUUUGCAUGCCAGCCGGAUGUCUCUUGGGGGCCACUGGGCGUCGGGGACCCCGAGCCCUGCUUCUGAUUCUGAACUGGGCUUUGAGCAGAACAUCUCCGGGGACUGCAGUUCUCCCGAUGACCUUAGAAGCAGGAACAUGAGGAGAACAGAACCGAGGCUUUCUCUGACACCAAGUUCAGGGGGACAGAGUCCGGACCUGACCCAGGCCGGAGGUGUUUCGCCAGACACAGCUGAUGGGAAGGCUGUGGCGGGAGAGCAGAGGAUCCGCAGGCCUAUGAACGCCUUCAUGGUCUGGGCCAAAGAUGAGAGGAAACGACUGGCCGUGCAGAACCCCGACCUGCACAAUGCUGUGCUCAGCAAGAUGCUAGGUCAGUCAUGGAAGGCCCUGAGUGCAACAGACAAGCGACCAUUUGUGGAGGAAGCAGAACGUCUACGUGUCCAGCACCUCCAGGAUCACCCGAACUACAAGUACAGGCCUCGCCGUAAAAAGACCACUAAAAAACUCAAGCGGGUUGAACCGGGGCUUCUGCUGCAUAGUUUAGCCCAGGGAGGGGCACCAGGACUAGGAUUAGGACCUGGUAUCAGCUCCUUGGGUGCAGAAAGUGUCUCUGGAGGUUCUGCUUAUGGACAUCAUCAUCACUCCCACCACCUGCUGCAUCCUCUUGGGCACUUCAGGGACUUCCAGGCCCCAGGACACUUAGAGCUGGAGAGCUAUGGCCUGCCCACUCCAGAGAUGUCCCCUCUGGAUGUUCUGGAAGACGGAGCUGGGGAUUCUGUGUUUUUCCCCCAACAUAUGCAAGAGGAGGCAGGGAUGGGAGGUUGGAGUGGUUACCACCAGCACCUCCACCAUCAUAACCAACAUUACAGCCACAAUUACAACAACCACAGUCACCACAACGCCAUAAAUGGUGCAGCAACACACAGUCAGGGUUCAGGAAUGAGUGUUAGCGCCGGUUUAAACACCUGUUUGAGUCCAAGUAGAGAUUCCAGAGUUGAUUCUAGAAUGAGUUCCGUUGAGUCAAAUAUGACCUUGAGCAUGAGCUCUAGGUUGAAUCACACCUCUAGUCACCACAUUGCCUUAAGAAGUCCUGUAAAGUGCCCACCACCUCUAUCUGACUCCUCCUCCCCUGUCCCCUACUCCCAGCCCUCCAUUAUCCUUCCUGAGCUGGUUAAAUCCCACCAAAUGCCACAUCAACCCACUGCUCCUGUCAGCUACUUCAGCCAAAUGUAUGGGAACAGCGCUCCAAGUGCAGCAUAUUACAUGCCUUCUCACCUGGGGCAGCUUUCACCUCCUCCUGAAACUUCUCCUUCUUCCUGCCCAUCCUCUUCCAUCCCCACAUCAACCUUCCCUCCGCCUUUGCACUUAGAGUCUUCAAAUCUCGAGUCCUCCUGCCAUUUGGGGUCUUCUUCUGCUGAGUUUUGGUCAGAGGUGGACAGGCAUGAAUUUGACCAGUAUGUAAAUGACGGAAGGAAUCGCGAGGGGGCCUACGGACGUGUCGAGGGCUGUGGUGGUGGAUCCAAAGUCCUGAGUGGGCGCAGUAGCAGUGAUGUAGGUAGUAGCAUGAAUAUCAGUUUAAUUAACAGGGAUGUCAGUAGCAUUUUGAGUGGUGCUGGUGGAUGUGAGGAAGGGAGCAGCCCUCUUAUAUCUGUUCUUUCUGAUGCCAGCAGUGCUGUCUAUUACAGUGCCUGUAUCACUGGAUAAAUACUCCAUCUUAUCCUUUAUAUGUACCUCCUGGCAUAAUGCACACUUUGGUUUGGUUCAUUUAAACCAUUGUUACACAAUCGGGAGGAAGUAUUUGGGAAAGAAUAGUUUUGGCUCAUAUUCUUAAUCAUUGCCAAGCCUUGCAUAACGGUAAAUGUCAAAAGUUUUUCUAAAUGUGGAAAAGAAAGGUAAUUUCAUCAUACCAACUCUUACUGGAGCCAGAGAUGGGAAGAGCGAAAAAAGUUUAAAAAAAUUUGCUAACUGGAAAAAAAGAAGAAAUGAAACAAAAUGCUUAGUUUUAAAUAAAUGCAUUCCUGAACAUGAUCUUGAACAAUUGGAUGCCUAGCUAAGCAGCUUUAAGUCUAGAUUAGACUUGCUAACAUGGGUAACUUAUGACCCAUAAGAUUGUUUGCAGGAUUUGUGGGAUGUGCACAAAUUACUAACUCAUAAGCAUAAGGAUUUGGCUUUUGCUGAGCAAUUGCCAAAUCAGCUACUAAAAAAGUAUGCUGAGCUAGUGCAUUGUCCUGCUCAGAGGUUACAUUUUUACUUGAGUCACUUAAGGUGAUUCUUAGAGAUAAACACAAGACAGCUGGAGAGCACCUUAAAAUAGCAUUGUGUUUUUAGUUACUUAUCAAGGAUGCUAGGUCUCUGUGUUAGCAUGUUUAUGACCUGGAGGUUUUUCUGGUCAAGGGUUGUAGGAUAUCAACAAGCACUUAUACAAGUUAAACAAUUUCAUUAAAUGCAUUGCGUGUAAUCUGGUCACCAAAAAACUCUACAACUACACAAAUCUCUGUGUUGUCGGGAAAGCCUUGGCCACAGACCCAGAGUAGACCACUGAUGUCUCCCACAAACGAUCAGGAUGUUUUACAAGCCGGAUCCAUUUUUUUUAUCACCAUGAUACAUGCCGUUCCUUCUCUGUCUCGUUCUUUGACAGGGCCUCAUGUCAAACUCCGUGCCAAAAUCUGGACGUUUUAAGUUGCUUUGCUUUCUAGCAAACACAGAUAUGUUGAUGAUUCAAAGGUCAUUCUUUGCAACCAGUAAGCCUCUGUGGUAGCCUAUAACAAGCAUACCACUUGUUUAAACAAAAAUGUCUUCGUUUAAGAUUAAAAAGAGUAAUUUAGUCCCACAAAUAACAGAAGAUCGGGUUCUACAAAUUAAGUGCCAUUGGAAAUGUCUUAUUUAGUAUAUGAGAACAGCUACACUUUAUACUUUAAAAUCCAUCAUAUCUGGCCUGGAUAUUUGUAGCUUCACACAAAGAAACAUAAAUAAUGAUGAGCUGGUGAACCACUCUAAUUACACAUUUUCCCAUUCUUAACUUUCAAGGAUAAUAGUUCAUGUUUUGAGUCUUAUGAUUUUUGGAAACCUUGUUUUGAUGUAGCCUUUUAAUGUGUGUGUGUAUAUAUAUAUCAUAGCUGCUGUCUAUUGGCACUAUGUGAAGGAGAAAUUGAGACUAUGAAAUGUUCUCUUUGCACUGGGUUUAAUGUAAUAGCUGUAUAGAGGCAACACUACUUAUUAAAAAUCAAAUGUCCCUCAUUUUGAAUAUGUUGUUGUACAGAAAGGACAGUGUUUGUUUUGUUGUUUCGUAGAUUUUGUUUUAUGCAUUUCAUUUCCUAAAAGAGUAGCUCGACAUUUUAGGAAAUAAUUUGCUCUCUUGCUGAGAGUUAGAUGAGAAGAUCGAUACCACUGGAGCCAGGGGGCAAUCAGCAUAGCUUAUCGUAAAGACAGGAAUCAUCUUUCUUUUCUUCCAAAUCAAGAAGAUUUCCCAACAGGACCUCUAAUAUGUACUCAUUAACAUUUUGUAUCUUAUUUGUUUAAUCUGUGCACAAAUAGUUACAUCAUGUUACUCCCAGUAGAACCACAGCUUGUAGGUUGUUUCGUCCAGUUUGUGUACUAAUUAACAUUAAAGGUGUUAAUUAAACAUUUUGACUCUUUUAGGCUUGGCUGACUUUGGGCUAAACAAGUCUCUCAGUUCCAACGCCCUACUUAUGCCACAGAGAUGACAGUGGUAAUGAUAUUCACACUCUCGGCAAGAAAAUGUUGAACUAUUAAUUUAAAAAUAACUAGAAUUCUACAAGCAUUGGAUCAGUGAGUUUCUACUCGCCAUCCAAAAUGUUGUUUAUUGUGUGUCUGUGUAAACUUGCCUUUGAAGUUAAAUCUUGAAUUGUAAAGAUCUCUUGAGGUUCAUAUGGUUCUUUAAUGGGUUACAUGUUACACUUUGCUCUACCAGUGACACCAGCAAACCAGAAAUGUUCCCUCCCACACCAAUGUUAUUUACCUUAUGACUGGAAAUGAAAAUGAGAAUUUGUGGUUUUGUUUCUGUUGAGAAAAUAAAUAAAUUGUGUAGCCACUGUAGAGGUCUCUCUGUAGGUGUUUGUGUCACAUCCAUCCUGUAAAAUGUGUGUACAGUGGGAGCAAAGUAACAGAAGUCUCUCUUCAAGGAUUUAUCCUGCAUCUGUUCUGCAUUAGUCCAACAGACAAUACUUUUUUUGUACGUGAAGCAGUAGAACGAAAUCGUCUAUCUUGUACAGUGAAACCAGUUAUACUUACCACACCGUUCCUUGUGGCCACCAUUGGUUGAAAACAGAGCAAUAGUAUAUUUUUCCUAACAUUUACUCUAGAGGAUGGAGCCGCAGGGAAGCAGCAGUUCAAACAAAAUAUUCAACAAAUACUUCUACAUCUGCAUUUGACAUUCUUUUCUGUUGAAACCAACAGAGUCUUGUUUCCAUUUUAAUUUACUGUGACACACAAAGAACAUCAGAGAGACAGGCGUUUUUUUGGAGUACAAUAACUCUGGGGCUUUUGGUAAUAAUUAUCUGAAGAAAAAAACAAAAAGAAACACCCAAGACUUUGGGAUUAAAACAAAGGACAUUUUCUCAGCACUCGUAUAAAGACAAAUUAAAACCAGGACUUUCCCAGUGACUGUGAUGCUUCUAAAUCUGUAUGACAGGGAUGAUUUCUAAAUUUUCUGUAUAAAAUGGUUUUGUUUGUGUCUUUAAAUUCUGUUUGAUAAAAUAAUUACAAAAUAAACUGUACUUGUUUAAUGUAAACUGACUUGACACUAUUUUGGCUGAACAACAAAUCCACAUUUUGUGAUGUUUUUCUAUCCAAAAAGAGUUUAUUCUUAACAUCUGAGAGCUGGCCAAGAGAACAGCAACAUCUCAUUCACUUUUGUCUAAUGAAAGCUAAUACAUGUUGGUUAUUCAUUGCGUUAGUUUUGUAAUGUAUAGA